CUGCGUAUAUUCUUGAUAUUCUUAAUAUUCUUCUUCUUUCUCUCUUCCUCAAAAGAUCUUUGUCUCUUUUUCUUCCUCUUGACUGCUACAUAUUUUUCAUUCCUCCUCCAUAUAUCCUUGCGGCGGACUAAGUAUCUUCCUUGCCAAGGCCAGUCCAGCCAUUAUUUCGGCUCUGCGGAGGUACAUCCUGACAAAAAACAACACGGCUACGAACAAUAGCCACGAAACAAAUUUCGUUGCGCAGACCUGACCAGCACGGCAAGAUGGAUCUGGCACCUCUCAAACCCAUAACGUCCGGUGCCCUCUUCGGCGCUGCUCUGACUGCAGCAGGAGUCUAUUCUCCCUCCGUCAUCAUCGGCCAGAUGCACAUGGCAGACUUCCAUAUGCUCAAGGCGUUCCUCACCGCCAGCGCAACCAGCUCCCUUGCCAUCUUUCUGUGCAACCGCCUUCAUAUUUCGAAGAACUCCCCAAAUGCUCCCUCAUCCAUCAACAUCUUCAGCCCUUACGACGGCAACAUCGUUGGCGGUCUCCUGCUUGGUUGCGGAUUGGCUCUCACAGGGGCUUGUCCCGGCACCGUGCUCCCUCAAGUCGCCACCUCAGUUCCCUCCGCUCCCCUCGUUGCCUUUGGUUCCGUCCUCGGCGGAAUCCUCUACUCGCGCUUCGGCAAGGGCUUGAAAGUCAAAGUGGAGGACCGAGAACUUCUUGAGAAGCCCGCUGUGUACCAGCGCCUAGGUGUCAGCCAGGGAGGGGCGGUAGUCGCGUAUAUUGCACUAUGUGCAGCAGUCGUCGCCAUCGCUAGCUCCUUGGUGCCUGGGGAUCGGCAGGUGUUGGUUGCGCCUGUCGUGGGUGGGUUAUUGAUCGGCGGCAGUCAAGCAGCGAAUCUGAUCCUGACGGGUAACACGCUCGGGAUCUCCGCCGCCUACGAGCAGAUCGGGGACCUAUUCUGGUGGGCGCAAAAAUCACUCUUCGGCAAAGCGGGCCCUCGACCUACUAUUCGCUCUACCGCCUUCGCCCUCGGCACUGUGCUUGGCAGCUUUGCCCUGAGCAGAGCUGUGGAGAUCCCAGCAGCGGAGCAGCUGCAGAUUGGCAAGCUGAGGAGUGUGAUUGGGGGCGUGGUGAUGCUUUUCGGAGCGAGAAUUGCGGGCGGUUGCACGAGCGGGCAUGGUAUUAGUGGCAUGAGCCAGCUCUCGAUUGCGAGUAUUGUGAGCGUGGCGGCGAUGUUUGGAGGUGGGAUGGCCUUGACUGCUCUCCUUGGAUAGCUUGGUCUUUGAGCAAGGAAGGAAUCUAGAGGCUAAGACUAGAGCCCGAUAUAUACCCCUCAGCGUUGAGAUCAGCAUUUGAAAGACUUUCCGACCGGCUGUAGAUUUUUUCAACAAUGAAAUAGAUUGCAAUGAUAUUGUAUUAUAAUGAGUCUAUAGGUUAAUAAUCAG